UCAAACGUCCGAAUCACGUGACGUUCCUUCAUCGUCAACAAACCCCUCGACACAGCUCGAGCAACAGUUUUAAUAUGGAGCCCAGCGCAAACUUGGAAAUACUUGAGUCCGAGGUAACGUCAUUGGAAGAUGACACAACGUCAAAAGUGGAGAAAAACCCUCCUGAUGUCAAAGUGAGGAAUAUUAAGUGGGUUUCACGACAAGACUUCACGGUGGAAGUCGGAGCAAAGCAGAUCAGGGACUAUAUUCGAACCUGGGAGCUGCAGCCGUGCUGGAUUUUCAGUCUGGACUACCUGUUCUCUACCGAGGAGGGCUGUCACACCUUCUACCACUACACAUCCCGCUGGAGCACGCCGAGCCCACGGAGGCCGAUCCGUGGGACAGCUAGCGUCCACUUCAUCGUGGACGUGUCCAGUGUGGAGCCGCAAAUCUCGCCCGUAGACGUGCAGUUCUACGUGGAGUCCAACAGGUUGAGGCACACGGCUGGGAAGACCAGGUUCCGGGAGAAGUGGCUGACUGACGUGAUUGAGAGCAAAGCAGCGCUUCACAAAGUGGCGGAUCUUUGAAACUGUUUCAUGAACCUUGAAACGGCUAACGGACGGCUAGCUCGUCCAGUUAGCUUAAAGCACCACAUGACUGUAUCAACGC